AUGGUGUCCAAACUGAGCGGCUUGCAACAAGAGCUCCUCGACGCGCUGCUGCUCUCGGGGGUGACCAAGGAGGUCCUGAUCCAAGCGCUGGAGGAGCUGAUGCCCGCUUCCAGCAGCAGCAGCAGCAGCGCCGCGGCCGGCGGCGGCGGCGGCGGCGGCGGCGGCUACGGGGUGAAGCUGGAGAACCUGCAGCUGUCCCCCGGCGGCGGCGGCGGCGGCGGCGGCGCGGGGCUGGAGGCGGACAGCAAGCCGGUCUUCCACACGCUCACCAACGGGCACGGCAAAUGCAAGCUGUCGGGGGACGAGGGCUCGGACGACGGGGACGACUUCGACACCCCGCAGAUCAUCCGGGAGCUGCAGGCGCUCAACACCGAGGAGGCGGCGGAGCAAAGGGCCGAGGUGGCGCGCAUGAUCAGUGAGGACCCAUGGCGGGCCGCAAAGAUGAUCAAGGGUUACAUGCAGCAGCACAACAUCCCGCAGAGAGAGGUGGUGGAUAUCACGGGACUCAAUCAAUCCCAUCUUUCCCAGCAUCUCAACAAGGGGACACCGAUGAAAACCCAGAAGCGGGAGGCUCUCUAUACCUGGUACGUCCGGAAGCAGAGGGAGAUCCUCAGGCAAUUCAACCAGACAGUCCAGGGUUCUGGAAAUAUGACAGACAAAAGCAGUCAAGAUCAGCUGCUGUUUCUCUUUCCAGAGUUCAACCAGCAAAGCCAGGGCGUGGGCCAGCUCGAUGACCCCUGCGCUGAAACGCCCAGCAAGAAGAUGAGGCGCAAUCGCUUCAAGUGGGGCCCUGCUUCUCAGCAGAUUUUGUACCAGGCCUAUGACCGGCAAAAGAACCCCAGCAAGGAAGAGAGGGAGACCCUGGUAGAAGAGUGCAACAGGGCAGAAUGCCUGCAGCGAGGGGUGUCCCCCUCCAAAGCACAUGGCCUGGGUUCGAAUUUGGUCACGGAGGUCCGCGUCUACAACUGGUUUGCAAACCGGAGAAAAGAGGAAGCGUUUCGCCAGAAGUUGGCCAUGGACGCCUACAGCUCAGGACAACCUCACAGCAUGAGCCUGCUGCUCUCCCACAACUCUCCUCACCAUGUCCAGCCCAGCUCUUCCCCGCCAAGCAAGAUGCCAGGAGUCCGCUACAGCCAACCAGGAAGCAAUGAAGUCACUUCCUCCUCCGCCAUUAGUCAUCACGGGAACAGCUCCAUGGUGAAUACUAGCCAAGCUGUCCUGCAGCAAGUCUCUCCGGCAGGUCUAGACCCCAGCCACAACCACAGCCUGCUCUCACCGGAUGGUAAAAUGAUUGCGGUUUCUGGAGGUGGUCUUCCCCCAGUAAGCACGCUCACCAAUAUCCACAGCUUUUCCCAUCACAAUCCACAACAGUCUCAGAAUCUCAUCAUGACACCAUUAUCGGGAGUCAUGGCCAUCACACAGAGCUUAAACAGUUCCCAAGCUCAGAGCGUCCCCGUCAUCAACAGCGUGGCCAGCAGCCUGGCGGCGCUACAGCCGGUCCAGUUCUCCCAGCAGCUGCACAGCCCUCACCAGCAGCCGAUCAUGCAGCAGUCGUCCAACCCCAUGGCGCAGCAGCCGUUCAUGGCCACGGUGACCCAGCUGCAGAACUCACACAGUAAGGAUCUUGUCAGUGUACGUGCACAAGCAGGAGCCCCCUCAGUAUUCCCACACGUCCCGGUUUCCUUCGGCCAUGGUAGUCACGGAUACCAGCAGCAUCAGUUCGUUAACCAAUAUGUCUUCCAGUAAACAGUGUCCACUACAAGCUUGGUGAUGUUCAUGUCCUUUGCAUCUAGCAACCGGAAAUGGUUUCUUUUCACAUCAUCCUGCCAGUGACCUGUCUCGUGUGAGCUCAAUCCCCAAAGAUGGGACUUUCCCCAUAGCAUUUUCCAGGAUUUACUGUCUUGCCAGCGAUGGAACCUUGGGAUCUGGGGAGUAGCCCUAGAGACACCUGGACCACUCGUCCAGCAUCAUCCCAAAGACAGCCGGUUCAGCCUGGAGAGAGGGCCGGAAUUUUCAGAGUGACACCUUUGGAUGGCCUGCCCUAAUAGAAGCAAAAAUGGCUUCCCUGUGGGCCCAAUCCCCAAAGAUGGGACUUUUCCCACAGUAUUUUCCAAGACUUAUUGUCUUGAGGAUUUUGAAAGUAUUUUCCUUCCCAAGGGCAUUUCUUUCUUGCAAGAGACACAAGAACAAAAAUAGAUACUGAACUGAGAAGGAGCUUGGAGAGAGUGCGAAGCUGAAGAUCAAUCAUAUUUAUAACGUUACAUUCCUCUGCCAGAGUGGACUGGAAGGAGAGAUGGGGCUGUUACUUCAGGUUGCAAAGGAAGAGCCGCCUGUGCUGUCGAACUGAGCCAAUGGAACUGUACAUAAGAGGAACUCCGUUUUUUGGCUUCCCUCUUUCCCAUCCCCGUGUCCUCUUGACAGAGAUUUAUAUUAAAGAAAGAUAAUGUCCAAUGGAUGUAUACGAAAUUAAGUGCAAUGUUCUACACAUGUACAUAAGCAUCACAAGAACUAUUAUUUCUCUCUC